CCGCGGGGCAGGGGCAGCGCCGGCCACGCCAGGCCACGGGGCUGACGGGCUCUUGCCCGACCUCUUCCGCGGGACUGGGUACGAGGGGAGUGACGAGAGCAAGGCUUGGGUCGCUGCUGAGAUGGAGAAGUCUGUGUGUUUGUGUGUGUGUUUGUAGUGAGGCGUCCCGGCUAGCGAGGAGGGCUCCGCAGGGCCAAAGCGCUGCCCCGGGGCGAACAGCACCAGCCCGAACGUGUCGGUGUCAGAAGUGGAAGCGGCAGCCCUGCGGUCCCGCGCCGCAGCAGGUUGGGAUGUCGGUCUCUAUCCUUUCCUGUCACAUGGCUGGUAAUAGGAUCCCUCAUCUGCCACUCGGCACCUCGCCGGGGCGCACUUACAGGACACAUGCUGUAGGGCCUCCGCUUCCCGCACUUUGCGCUCUUCCCGGCCGCCUGCCACCCCCGGAGAGCCGGGGCUGCCGCCUGCGAGCGCGGCCCGGCCCGGCGGCCGCUGCCUAUGGAGCCUCCCGCCCUCGCCGCCGUCCUGGCCUUCUCCGGGCUGGCGCUGAGCUGCUGCCGCGAGCCCGUCCAGUCCGAAUGCUACACAGCCAAUGGGGCUGACUACCGUGGCACUCAGAACCAGACCUCCCAAUAUGCAGGGAAACCCUGUCUUUAUUGGAACGAGACCUUUGAGCAUCCUUACAAUACUGUGAAAUACCCCAAUGGGGAGGGAGGGCUUGGAGAGCAUAACUACUGCAGAAACCCAGACGGGGAUGUCAGCCCAUGGUGCUAUAUUGCAGAACAUGAAGAUGGAAUAUACUGGAAAUACUGUGAGAUCCCAUCCUGCCGAAUGCCAGGAAAUCUGGGCUGUUACAAGGACCAUGGGGAGCCACCCCCCCUGACUGGCACCAGCGAGACCUCCAACAAGCUCACCAUCCAGACGUGCAUCAGCUCCUGCCGCAGCCAGCAGUUCAAGUUUGCAGGCAUGGAAUCAGGUUAUGCUUGCUUCUGUGGAAAUAAUCCUGACUACUGGAGAUAUGGGGAGGCAGCCAGCACGGAAUGCAACAGUGUUUGCUUUGGAGACCACACUCAGCCCUGCGGUGGGGAUGGCAGAGUCAUUCUUUUUGACACCCUUAUUGGUGCCUGUGGAGGGAAUUACACUUCUGCUACAGCUGUGAUCUAUUCCCCAGAUUUCCCUGACACAUAUGGCACAGGCAAAGUCUGUUAUUGGACCAUACAAGUUCCAGGAGCAUCUCAAAUCCACUUCACCUUUGUCCUUUUUGAAAUCAAAGAUGCUACAGAUAUGGUGGAAUUGCUGGAUGGUUACACCUACCACGUUCUGGCUCGUUUUAAUGGCAAGAACAAGCCUCCCCACACCUUUAACAUCUCUUUGGAUUUUGUCAUUCUGUACUUUUUCUCAGAUGACAUCAAUCAAGCCCAGGGAUUUGCUAUCAGGUAUAGAGCUGUGAAGGACAAUGUGCACCAAAACAAGAUCCCAGUGAAUCAUACCCUUCCAGAGAGGAUAAAUGAACAAGCAAAUCUCAGCAUCAAUGCAGCCCGGUCAUCAAAGAUACUCUAUGUCAUCACAACCAGCCCAAGCCAUCCAACCAGCUCCAUGCCUGAGUGGACAAUAUACAGCCUCACAGCACUGCUCAUCCUAAGUGCUACAGCCAUCAUAGCAAAGAUACUUCUGCAUGUUACCAUGAGGUCCCACCAGAUUCCAGCUGCAGCUGAAACAGAGGAUUGCAGUGAUGUCACUACUGCUGGUGAGAUCUGGAGUAUAUUUUACCAACCAUCCACAUCAAUAUCCAUCUUCAAGAAGAAGCUUCGAAAUCAACAAGAUGAUUGCAACCCACUGGUGGGAGACUGAGCUGUCUUUUAUCUUGCAAGAAUUGAUCUCCUUAAAAUCCAGGUGACUUGAGAUUAAUCUUCCUUUUUUUCCUCCCAACCUCAUACCUGUUUUCCAAAAAGUCCAUUUCCAAAGGCCUUUGAGUGACUUUGCCUAUCUGCUGUUCUCUUGGAUAUAGCAGUGACAACGGAUUUAAUUGCAGCAAUAAUUUUGAAAUACCUGGUGCUCCUCAAGUCUGUAGUGCUGUUAAUUAAUGCCUUUAAACCAUUGCACUUAAAAUAGAUGUAAAAACUUGUAAAAUUCAAAAUGUCCUGUACCCCUGCCCAAGGUAACUGAAGGGGUAUUUACAGGUUGAGGGUUUCUUGUGUCCCCCUUGCCUGUACCACUGUAUUAGAUCAGGCUACUUUAGUCCUUUUAUUCUCAAGGCUGAAGACAGAGGUGGGUACUGCUAACCUGUUCAGCAAACAGAGCUUAUUUACCUUGAUCUAAACACAUCUCAAUGGUACCAUACAGUAGAAUGGGAAUCAAAGACUGGAAAAAUGAUCAGCCUGGUUGCUCAGUGCUGUGCUCUUUCUGCAUGUUCUGUUUCUGCGUCUACAAGCAGAGAUGCAAACAUAAAAAACCAAAUUCAGGAUGCCUCUGUAACAAGAUUUAGCUACAAAUAUGCAUUUUGAUUGACUAGAGCUCACCAGAUCAAGGCCUGCAGGAGCAUUGAAGCCUUUUAAAUUACUCUGUCUGACCCAUCAUUCACUGAUGUUUAUGAUAAAUCUUUUCAUAUUCACAGUGAUCCUAAAAAAACUAAUUGUACUCCAGCCUGAGAGCCAGCAUUCAUCCUGGAUAUAAGCUUAGGGCUUCUUAAAGGACUGUCCAAAGAUAAUCCACUGAAUUUUUAUCAGUGAGGCUGACUAACCAAUUUUUGCUCUGAAGUCACAUGUAUUGAUCUCAGCAGCCCAAACUAUUUACAAAAUUGUAGACUGAUAUCACCAGCCCCCUGGGCCAGGCUGUGCAGCUAAGCAUGCACAAAACAGCUGCCUUGACAUUCACCUGGGAGGAGAAGUGUCUCCUUGCCUGCAGCACUAAAACGAAACUGAAUUCUUAAGGUAAUUGCCUUACUUGUCAAAGAACUAAAACAUCAGUGGGGUUCUGAUCUGUGAACUAUUUUCUUUGAAUUGCAACAGACAGCAUUAACUAUUUCUGCUCUUUGGUAGACUGGCUGUCCAUCCACAAUAGUCAGAUUUCUCACCCCACCACCACAAGUGGGAAACAAGUGAUUCCAAGAGAUCAGCAAUGAAUCUUUCAGCCUCAGCAAGUUCAGACCAGCAAGAUAUUUAGGAAAAACUGUCAAUGCAAAUGUCAAAUUGACUGGAAAAGUUUACAGUGGGCAGCUCCUUAAACUCAGAGAAGGUUCACUGAGAACCAUUAAACUACACUAAUUCUGGUUAAGUUUGAACAUGUACCAAUGCUCUGAUAUACCAGAUGUGCAGUCAGAGAACAUCUAUUAAGUGCACCUACAAAAGGUAAUUAAGUAAGAAAAUUGUCACUGAGUUUAAAUUUAUUCCAGUAUCUGCCCUUAUGUUUUUUAACAUAUAACUCCCUCCUUUUUGUGAGAACUACAGAUUUCACUGAAAAAUCAGGGCAUCAAAGAAUUAAGCAGUGAAAUACUGUGCCUUACCACUGCAGAUCUGGUCUUUUACCUGAACUGAAUUCAAUCCAGCUUGAUUUAUGUACCACAGAUGAGUGCUAGAGACAGCUGAACAACAUCACAAUGCAUGCUUAAAAGAAACCAGACUUUACUAAGCCAGCAAUUAUGGAAUUGUUUAUAUAAAAAAUGGAACAGCAUGGGAACAUCUAGUACUUUCUUGCAUGAGCUGCUGGAAAGAAUACAGGAAAAUAUAAUUACAGUAUUAGCGAAAAUGAAGACAGGACAAGAUGUAAAAGCUAUGCUGGUUCUCUCUUACGUGUCACCAAAAACCAUUGUCUGUUUCAGACCCAACACAAGUUCUGAAAUUGCUUUUUUUAAAGGUAAGGUUUUUGCAUCGUGCUGUGUGGAAAAGAGUUCACCUCAGAGAUUCAGAGCAAAACAAAGCAGGUUGGUUCCUAAGCAUCCUUAAUUUGGUGCACUAACAGGAAACCAGGCAGGGAGGAUCACAGUGUGCUGCCAGAUCCUCAGGAGCUCUUACAAGCACAUAGUGCUUAUCACAAAGUGAUGAAGCUUUGCUUGCCUUAUCAAAGGCAAGUAAAACAUUUUGUCAGAGUGACAUUCAUAAAGCAGUUACCUAAUGGUGAUAAACUGGAAAAACAUCAGGAACUCCCAGUGACUGAUGUACACCUACUGCAGAAAGAAAAAAUACAGAAUGCUACACUUCUCUUCAUUAGUGAAGAAUUUAAUUUCACUAUAAUAUUAGAAAAAAUAUUACAAAGAGCAACAAAGACUGACACUACUAAUGCAAAAUCUACAGAAUUUAAGAAGUGAGAUUUUUGCAUUGCUCCCUUAGCUCCUCAAAUAUUUUUUUAAUAAAAUGGUAUUUCAUGGGACUUUCAUGGGGAGCAUUAAUCAAAUUUAUGUACAAAGUCCCAUAAAACCAGCACUUACAGCAGAUUAACUGGUCAUGGCAACAAUAAACAGGACUAGUAGUAGAGAGUGCAGGGGUAAUACAAUGAUAAAAGCAUAGAAGAAAUAAUGUUCCCCCACACAGAAUUUUUAAGAUUGGCAGAUUCUAGAUCCUGCUAGUGCUAGCAAACAGAGCAAUGGAUGGAAAUUCAUGGACUGGGUCCUUAAAUAGCACUUAUUACUUUCCAGGGCUGAGACCAUGAAGAGCAGGUAGAUCUCCAGUGUGGAUUUUUUCCAAAUGUGGUAGGGUCACUCACACUGCUAGUGCAGACACUUCAGGGUGUGGUGAUUUAUGGCCAAGAGAUGUAGUAUCCAUGAACACAGCAUGUUUUGAUCUUUGCUGUAAGGAUUUGGGGGAGAAAGAGGCAAAAAGUGUGACCAUGCACAAGUGUUGUAACCCCACAAAAGAAAUGCCCCUACUGCACAGGCAGCUGAGAUACGGGACACCUCAGCAGGGUGGUGUCUACACCAUUUUCUCCAACAAAUUGAGAAUAACUGCAGAAGAAGAAUUUGUUUGGAAUUGUAUCUGAACAGCCUUCUGAGCUCCUGCCUAGCACUCCCCUCCAGAGGCUGGACAGGUUGCAAAGGUGACACUGGCUACAAUGUCAAAAGCAACUGGUUUGGCAACCAAAUCCCAAUGGGGAGCUGCCUCCUCCUUCACAGGGAUUUCAGCUCCUGCUCUGGCCCCCUGCUCACUCCUGUGUUGGUGUGACCAGCUGUGUAGUGGUGGAAUAAACUGAUAGGUCAAAAACUGCCAUGGCUUUCUCUUCCCUGAGUUACUUUUCACAGAGCGGAGCUCUCUGCCCUUGUUCCCUGGGUGGUGGCACAGGGAGAUGAGCUCAGAGCUCCCUGAGUGCACACUGAGCAGACAAUGAGCCAUGGGGCAAGGGCAAUGCCUGCCCCAGGAGCUGGGGCAAUGAGCACUUCUGCUGGAGCUGCCACAGCCAUGGGUGAGCCUUCACCCAGCUCCAGCAGCCUCCACUGUGUGUGCACCUCAGGUGGAAAGGGGCCAGCUGGACAAGUGCCUUCUCCUUCAAAAUCCACAUUUAAAACUAGUUUAGUUUGUUGACUAUGUGAUUUUAUAUGUAUUUUUAUCUUAAUAUUGUUAUGUUGUGGGAAAAUAGAGACUUUGUUAUGUAAAAAUGUGUGAUGUGUUAUCAUAGUAAUAUAUAUAUUUGUAUGUGUAUAGGAAAUGCAUUAUUUAAUACAGCAUAUUAUGCUUCUAUCUUGCUAACAUUUUAUAGGAAGAAAAGAUGUUAGUUUACACUCUGGGAAAAAUAAAUUUUCUAUACACUGUAACCAUAGGGAAAAAAAUCAAAGCUACUUCUUUGGUAUAUAUGAUAGAAAGACAUUGAGAAUAGGAGAACUCAGCCUCAGUUUUGUGACAGAAUAGAUGCUGAUAAAACAAUUGCUGUAAGAAACACUUUCCUCCUUUGAAUCUCAUUUCUAGCCUGUAAUUGUAUUAGGCUGUUCGUAAGAUUCUGCAAAUUCAUGUGCAUAUACUCUCUGGAUGAUUUUUACCAUCAAACAUGUAAUCUGCUUCUGCAAUCAAACAUCAACAUAAUCUUCUUUAGGACUUGUUUCUGCCAGAUUUUCUACAGCCAGGACAAUGCUGAAGAAGUUUAUCACAUUGCUCAUGCAGACAAUCCAGUAGGAUUGCAGAAUUAAAGCCUGUGUAUUCCAAUCCCCAGCAAUAAUAUAAAUAGGAGAUUUUUAUGGAUAGUCCUGGAAACUGCACUGAAUCUGCAGCCUGGAUGACUACAGGUCAAACACACCAGCAGACACAUGGCUGCCACUGAAUGAGCAUAAAUAACUAUUCCACUUUCAUCUUCUGCUUAAUAAGCCCUCUCAGGCAGUGGGAAGGAACAGAGUUUUCUAGUGCACCACUUUGCCUAGAGGAAGGGUGAACUACAAAAACAACUCCUGACAAAAACUUGUCCAACUGGUUCUUACUGCCUUGCAGCAGUAUUUCACAAUCUUCCAAUGAAAUACAGUUCACUGAUAGUUUCACCUGAGUAUUGUUCUGGACAUUUAUGAACAAUUCUGCUACCCUGAGAGUGAAAAAUACAAUUGCCUUCAGACCAUACCAUUUCUUUUUUAAACAACACAUCCCCACUGGACACACAUUUUAUACCACUCAGACUUUGCCAGAUUUACUGAGCACCUGUGCUUUGGGAUGAAAUCUGGCAUCAUGAACUUCAGUCUAAAGACAUUUUGCUCCAAAUCCAAAAGCUAUCACAUGAACCACAUAAGGCUGUCAAGAAACCAGAAUAAAUCAAAUUUGAGGUGACUCGCUGCUGAAGUAUGCACUGUGUUUAUAACUGUUCACCCUGCAUUCAGCAAAUGGUUGUAAAUAAUAAUUAUGAAAAAUAAAUACAGUGUAUUUGUGCAGGAGUUCAGUUAGGAUGACUAAAGUGUAUAUAAGAACGAAAUAAAGGAGUCAGAAACUGCUGCAGAUCACCAGCAGAUUACAAGAGCACUGCCUGCUGUACAUGUUAGAAGAGAGUAAUACGAGCUGAGAAUGAUUACUUUACAUGUAAAGUAUGAUACUGCUCUGAGACACAAUUUCUGAGGUAACAGCAAAUUGAAAGUUUUCCGUUCACAUGUUUUCAAACUUUUAAAAACUAUAAAUUCAUUCAGGGCUUGCUUUGCAAUUACAGCACUGUGUAAUGCUGUUUCCACUUUCUUGCAAGAUUCACGUUUUCUCUAAUUAAUUCCUCCUGGCCAAAAUAAUGCUACAUUUUAAGAAACCUUCAGCAACCUUUUAUGUAAACACCAGAAAACCAGUGACAAAUGCCAAAACUGUCUCCUUUUCAUGAAGACUCAUUUUUCUUUUUAGAAACACAAUUGUCACAAGGGACUGGUCUCCCCUUACACAGGGGAGGUUACUCUCCUCUCCUUUCUUGCCAUUCUGGUUAUGAGACUCUGGCACUUUGGUUCUUUCUGGGAACUGUUCCCUUCUUUUUUUCUUGCUUGUUUCCUAAGCAGCAAUUUCAUUCCCCACAAGGGAAAUGUGUUCUUUAUUCUGAAAGAGACACUUUUCUAUGAAGCAGUUAGUCACAGGAGCAGGGUGCUUUCACUGCAAGAUAAAAUGUCUGGUUUCAGGUAUGCCAUUGUCUCCCUAGCCAGAGAAUUAGGCCAAGCUGGCUCCCCAGGGUAUGGACAUGGCCACCCUUUUAAGGGCAUUUUUAUCUUCACACUACCAAAGCGACAACAAACGUCACCUAACAGCUGCCAUAGGAUUUGACAGAUGCACACAAUAUUGCAGAUAGUGUUACAGAAACACCAAGUGUUACAAUAAUGUACAAUCCACUAUGAAUAAUCUGCUUCUGCUUGUCUUUUUCUACUGUAUCAAGGUUCUGUGGAGGCUUGUGGUGCCCCACAGGACUCUUAUUUUGUCACAAAUUUGUUCCUUAAGCAUCAAACCUGAAAAGCAAAAAGAACCCCCUCCCCCCCAACCCUUGCCAAAUAUAUAAAUUUUCAUUUUGGACAGAAAAUAUUUGCCCUGCUGUGUUUCAUGCACACAGAACAUGGGCUCACUGAUUAUUCUGUGGGACACUGUCACAGCUGGGAUAGCCACAGGACAGAGUGUCACCAUACAAUUUCAGAAGGCUUUGAGCAUUUCCCCAUACACAGUAACACCUUACCUCAUCAGAAGGCUUCAGGCAUCUGCCCAUCCAGAGUAAAUCCUGUAACUACAGAAGGCUGCAGGCAUUGCCCUUCUGGUUCUUCAGCCCAACCUUUUAUCCCCCUCCUGUUGAUGCAUUGCACCUGUGUGCCCCUCAUGGUUCAUACAUGGCACCUGUGUGCCCUCUGUUCCCUUUGGUGGUUGCUCAGUGCCCCUGGGCACUCCAUGGCUCGUUGCUGUCAAUGCUGCUGACCUGCUCCUCACAGCUGCACCCAUUGGGGAUGGGGCUCAGCCACAGCCCCACUCCAAACUACCACAAACUGUGUCCCUACAGGACACUGAGGGUGGUGGCACGUCCUGUUCCUAAAAGCACAAUCACCUGGCAGUUUUCUUCAGAGCAAGGAACAAGAAAACAGAACAGCAGCAGCAAACAGGGGGCUGGAGGGAGGGAACAGAAGGGAGAUUCAGAUGUGACCUGUCAGCAUAUGAGUUACCAGCCACUCACACACGGGGGUUUUAUGCUAUUAGUAAAAACAAGUGUUUUGUGAACUAAUUUGCACAUAAAAGGCAUAUCUGUAAUCACUGGCAAGUGCCCAGACUCUGCUCACUGAGCAAAAAAAGGGGCAUAUACUUUAAUUGGGAACCACCUGCUCCUGUUGCUCUUCCAUUGCUGUGCCUGUCUCCCACACAGACCAUGCUUUUCCAUCAUACCUGAGAUCAGGAUGGCAACUGGUCCUCGUGCUCUGAAGGGUCCCCUACAAAAUAAUACUCUUGAGCAGUCUGUCAUCCCAAAUGGAGUUACCACACAUGAAACAAGGAGGGUAGGAGAGCAGUAAGGCUCAUUUCUUAGCUGAAUCAUGAGGGGACUGAAUUACAGUGCAUUUGAACAUGGAUGAGAGAUGGGGAAAGUCCAGGGGAUUACCAGGUGGAAAUCUCUCGGAGGAAGAAGCUGGAGAAUCCUGGAAAAGGUUCCUUGAGUGUAUCACUGGAUGGGAAAUGAAUAACACAUGAAGGUGAACGGUUGACACAGUAACAUACAUAAACACACAUGUACAUACACACAUAGAACCACACAGCUCCCUUCUUCUGGAGCCUGCACAAACAUCUCUGAUGAAAUUGUGCUCUCUGCUGACAAAAUGAGCACCACAAUAUUGAUUUUCACCUAAGAAGGACCAGUGAUUCCAUGAUCCAGGGCAAGGAUUUGGAUCUUGGCUAUUUAAGCUAUGAUUUACCCAGCUGUGCCCACCUGUGUCAUGCUCUCUCAAAACAAUUCUAUUUCAGGACAAUAAAUUACUUUCACCUGAAAUUACAACAGAGUUCAGUUCCCCUGCAUUGAGGAACAGGCAGGUUCCAAACAUAAAUGAGGAUUUCUUUUAGCGGAUGUGGUACAUCCAUGUGCCUGGGGGACUCAGGGGCUUGUGUGACACCUACCCCCCAGUGCCCCCCAGUAACUGCAGUGCUGUGUAAAGGCAUAUACAUAUCCACCUACCUGGUGUUGGAAAAAAAGGUAAAAAUGUUGUUUAUUAGAGUUCAUCCCAGUAUAUCUAGGACUGUAUUUUGAGGAGAACAGUUAUCUAUGUCCUCUCCCCCAAAACAAGAAGGACAACUCCCACAUGUAUAUGCAAUAA